AUGCUGGAGGCGCAAAGUAAAGUGUCCGCAGGGUCAGUGAUGGAGUUCACCACCGAGGAGGAUUUAGAGGAGCUGUGUCCUGUGUGCGGGGACAAAGUGUCCGGUUACCACUACGGCCUGCUCACGUGCGAGAGCUGCAAGGGCUUCUUUAAGCGCACGGUGCAGAAUAAUAAGAGAUACACCUGCAACCAGAACCAGGACUGCGGCAUCGACAAGACGCAGCGCAAGAGGUGUCCUUUCUGUCGCUUCCAGAAAUGUCUCAGUGUCGGCAUGAGGUUAGAGGCGGUUCGUGCUGACCGUAUGCGAGGAGGGAGGAACAAGUUUGGCCCCAUGUACAAACGAGACCGCGCUCUGAAGCAGCAGAAGAGAGCUCUGAUCCGAGCGAGCACUUUCAAAUUGGAGCCCAACCCACCACUUGUGCCGUCCAGCCAGGCAGAGUAUCCAUUCCCAAGCUCAGUGUCUGGCCUGCUGCCCCCCCUCGGCCCUCCAGACUACGACUGCCCACCCGCGUGCCCCCCGUCUUUAGGGGUGGCCCUGCACAGCUAUGGCUCCUUCCCAGCCCAGUAUCAGUACGCCACCCCGACUCUACCUGGUAGAUCCAUCAAAGCAGAGCACCCGGAUCCAUAUUCCGGUUCUCCUGACUCAUCAUCUCUCGGGUAUCCGUAUACCGAGGGCUGCAUUCCUGCCUCACCACAGACCAGCCCUCUGAAUCCAGCCGCGCCCUCGCUGGUUAUGGAGCUGCUGAGCUGUGAGCCUGAUGAGGAGCAGGUGAGAGCAAAGAUCUGUGCCUACCUGCAGCAGGAGCAGAGUGGGCGUGGCAAGCUGGACAAACCCCGCCCUUCCAACUUGCUUUGUGUGAUGGCGGACCAGACGCUGUUCUCCAUCGUAGAAUGGGCGAGAAGCUGCAUCUUCUUCAAGGAGCUGAAGGUCGGCGAUCAGAUGCAAUUGUUGCAUAACUGCUGGAGCGAGCUCCUGCUUCUGGAUCAUGUCUUUAGACAGGUGCAUCAUGGGAGAGACAAUACACUACUACUCAUCACUGGCCAAGAGGUUGAGCUUGCGGGCAUCGUGUCUGACUCGGGUCUCACUCUCUCGAGUCUUGUGCAAAGGGGACAGGAACUAGCACGGCGGCUGCAGUUGCUCCAGAUCGACCGUCGUGAGAUGGCCUGCCUCAAGUUCCUCAUCCUCUUCAACCCCAACGUGAAGCUGCUGGAGAACCAAGCACUGGUGGAGAGCGUGCAGGAGCAGGUGAACAGCGCUCUGCUGGAAUACACACUCACCUCGUACCCUCAGCACGUGGACAGGUUCAGUCAGCUGGUGAUGCGGCUGCCGGAGGUUCGCGCCCUGAGCGCCCAGGCCGAGGAGUACCUGAGCUCCAAACACCUGAGCGGAGACGUGCCCUGCAACAACCUGCUCAUCGAGAUGCUGCACGCCAAGAGAGCCACCACCAUCUGA